AUGAAAUAUCACGCCGCUACCAUUCUUGCUGCUGCUGCCGCAGCUCUAAUGACCACCGUCUCUGCAUCCGCCACCGUUGUUUGCUCUGAAAGCGAAUUUGGCAGCUCCAACCAUUCAGAUGUCUGUCGGCUUGACAACUUGACACCUCAGCCUGGAGAAGACUUUACUCUUCCAUGUGUUGAAGUCAUCUUCAGAGACAACACCUGCCAUUUUGAGGCUGGUGAGCCCAAUUAUGCCAAGGCCCACGAUGAAUGUCAUUGCAGAGGAAACACUUUCUCUGCUUGGAUCGAGUGCCAGAAGUGUCUCUUGGAUCAUGGCUUUCAUGGGGAGGACGAUGAGUACUGGAGCAAGAUCCUAGAUGCGGCAUCAAAAGCUUUGUGCACUGGAACUCCAACAGCCGCAGCCGUCUCAAGCUUGUCUACACCGGCUGAAGCGGGCACCGUGACUCCCACGCCCACCACCACCGAUGGCUCACCUGUCGAAAUAUUCAAGGGCGUGAAUCAAACCGCAAUCGCCUCACAAGGACCUUGGGUCUUCAACCAAACCGCCACUCCCACUGCAGGGCCUCAGAAGACUUGCAUUGAUGACUUCAGCGUGCAAACCAACACCGAUGUACUUAUCGAUCCAUCUAUUUCAAUCGAUCCAACCAUCCCUUUUCUGCCAACCAACUCUCUCACAUCUACCAACAGCUUGGAGCCAAUUGCUACCACCCUCGAGUGGCUACUUCCGGGGGAGGAUCCUGAGUCAGCUCCAUUCUCUGACCAUGAAUCAUCUGGCGCCACUUCCUCUUCUUCAUUCGGGAAGUCUGAUUUAGCUGCUGCGAUCGCUGGCGCUAUUCUCAUGGGUGCAUUGUAA